UUGUUUCUAUUCUUUCUUUCUUUCUUUCUUUCUUUCUUUCUUUCUUUCUUUCUUUCUAAUUCUGCCUUGUCCAUGUUUCUCAUUCUCUUUUCUUUUUUUCAGAUUUUCCUCAUCCAAUUUUCCUCAUCCAGUUUUCUUCUCACCUUUGUUUCUAUUCUUUCUUUCUUUUCUUUUUUCUUUCUUUCUUUCUUUUCUAAUUCUGCCUUGUCCAUGUUUUCUCAUUCUCUUUUUUUUUUUCAGAUUUUCCUCAUCCAUUUUUUCUUUGUUUCAUUCUUUUUUUUUCUUUCUUUUCUUUCUUUUUUCUUUUCUUUCUUUCUAAUUCUGCCUUGUCCAUGUUUCUCAUUCUCUUUUCUUUUUUUCGGAUUUUCCUCAUCCAGUUUUCUUCUCACCUUUGUUUCUAUUCUUUCUUUCUUUAUUUAUUUCUUUCUUUCUAAUUCUGCCUUGUCCAUGUUUCUCAUUCUCUUUUCUUUUUUCGGUUUUUUUCCUCAUCCAUUUUCUUCUCACCUUUGUUUCUAUUCUUUCUUUCUUUUUUUAUUUUUCUUUCUAAUUCUGCCUUGUCCAUGUUUCUCAUUUCUUUUCUUUUUUCGGAUUUUCCUCAUCCAUUUUUCUUCUCACCUUUAUUUUCCUCAUCAGUUUUCUUCUCACCUUUGUUUCUUUUUUUCUUUCUUUCUUUCUUUUUUCUUUCUUUCUUUCUUUCUAAUUCUGCCUUGUCCAUGUUUCUCAUUCUCUUUUUUUUUUUCAGAUUUUCCUCAUCCAGUUUUCUUCUCACCUUUGUUUCUAUUCUUCUUUCUUUCUUUUCUUUCUUUCUUUCUUUCUAAUUCUGCCUUGUCCAUGUUUCUCAUUCUCUUUUCUUUUUUUGGAUUUUCCUCAUCCAGUUUUCUUCUCAUUUUUGUUUCUAUUCUUUUCUUUUUUCUUUCUUUCUUUUCUUUUUUUCUGCCUUGUCCAUGUUUUUCAUUUUCUUUUCUUUUUUUUAUUUUUUUCAUCCCUUUUCCAUAUUUUCCUCAUCCAGUUUCUUCUCACCUUUGUUUUUUAUUCUUUCUUUUCUUUCUUUUUUUUUUUCUUUCUUUCUUUCUUUCUAAUUCUGCCUUGUCCAUUUUUCUUCUCACCUUUGUUUCUAUUCUUUCUUUCUUUUCUUUUUCUUUCUUUCUUUCUAAUUCUGCCUUGUCCAUGUUUCUCAUUCUCUUUUUUUUUUUCGGAUUUUCCUCAUCCAGUUUUCUUCUCACCUUUGUUUUAUUCUUUCUUUCUUUUUUUUUUUUUCUUUCUUUCUUUCUUUCUAAUUCUGCCUUGUCCAUGUUUCUCAUUCUCUUUUCUUUUUUUUUUUUUCAGAUUUUCCUCAUCCAGUUUUCUUCUCACCUUUGUUUCUAUUCUUCUUUCUUUCUUUCUUUCUUUCUUUCUUUCUUUCUAAUUCUGCCUUGUCCAUGUUUCUCAUUCUCUUUUCUUUUUUUCAGAUUUUCCUCAUCCAGUUUUCUUCUCACCUUUGUUUCUAUUCUUUCUUUCUUUCUUUCUUUCUUUUUUCUUUCUUUCUUUCUUUCUAAUUCUGCCUGGUCCAUGUUUCUCAUUCUCUUUUCUUUUUUUCGGAUUUUCCUCAUCCAGUUUUCUUCUCACCUUUGUUUCUAUUCUUUCUUUCUUUCUUUCUUUCUUUCUUUCUUUCUAAUUCUGCCUUGUCCAUGUUUCUCAUUUCUUUUUUUUUUUUUCAGAUUUUCCUCAUCCAGUUUUCUUCUCACCUUUGUUUCUAUUCUUUCUUUUUUCUUUCUUUCUUUCUUUUUCUUUCUUUCUUUCUUUCUAAUUCUGCCUUGUCCAUUUCUCAUUCUCUUUUCUUUUUUUCAGAUUUUCCUCAUCCAGUUUUUUCUUCUCACCUUUGUUUCUUUCUUUUCUUUCUUUCUUUCUUUUUUUUUUUUUCUUUCUUUUUUUCUAAUUCUGCCUUGUCCAUGUUUCUCAUUCUCUUUUCUUUUUUCGGAUUUUCCUCAUCCAGUUUUCUUCUCACCUUUGUUUCUAUUCUUUCUUUUCUUUCUUUCUUUCUUUCUUUCUAAUUCUGCCUUAUUUUCCUCAUCCAGUUUUCUUUCUUUGUUUUUGUUUCUUUCUUUCUUUUCUUUCUUUCUUUCUAAUUUUCUUUUUUUUUCUUUUCUUUUCUUUUUUUCUAAUUUGCCUUGUCCAUGUUUCUAUUCAUUCUUUCUUUUUCUUUUUUUUUCAGAUUUUCCUCAUCCAGUUUUCUUCUCACCUUUGUUUCUAUUCUUUCACCUUUUUUCUUUCUUUCUUUUUUUUCUUUCUUUCUUUCUUUCUAAUUCUGCCUUAUUUUCCUCAUCCAGUUUUCUUCUCACCUUUGUUUCUAUUCUUUCUUUCUUUCUUUCUUUCUUUCUUUCUAAUUCUGCCUUGUCCAUGUUUCUCAUUCUCUUUUCUUUUUUUCGGAUUUUCCUCAUCCAGUUUUCUUCUCACCUUUUUUUCUUCUCACCUUUGUUUCUAUUCUUUCUUUCUUUCUUUCUUUCUUUCUUUCUUUUCUUUCUUUCUUUCUUUCUUUCUAAUUCUGCCUUGUCCAUGUUUCUCAUUCUCUUUUCUUUUUUCAGAUUUUCCUCAUCCAGUUUUCUUCUCACCUUUGUUUCUAUUCUUUCUUUCUUUCUUUCUUUUCUUUUUUCUUUCUUUUCUUUUUCUAAUUCUGCCUGGUCCAUGUUUCUCAUUCUCUUUUUUUUUUUUUCAGUUUUUCCUCAUCCAGUUUUUCUUCUCACCUUUAUUUUCCUCAUCCAGUUUUCUUCUCACCUUUGUUUCUAUUCUUUCUUUCUUUCUUUCUUUCUUUCUUUUUUCUUUCUUUCUUUCUUUCUAAUUCUGCCUUGUCCAUGUUUCUCAUUCUCUUUUCUUUUUUUCAGAUUUUCCUCAUCCAGUUUUCUUCUCACCUUUGUUUCUAUUCUUUCUUUCUUUCUUUCUUUCUUUCUUUCUUUCUUUCUUUCUAAUUCUGCCUUGUCCAUGUUUCUCAUUCUCUUUUCUUUUUUUCGGAUUUUCCUCAUCCAGUUUUCUUCUCACCUUUGUUUCUAUUCUUUCUUUCUUUCUUUCUUUAUUUCUUUCUUUCUAAUUCUGCCUUGUCCAUGUUUCUCAUUCUCUUUUCUUUUCUUCGGAUUUUCCUCAUCCAGUUUUCUUCUCACCUUUGUUUCUAUUCUUUAUUCUUUCUUUCUUUCUUUCUUUCUUUCUUUCUUUCUAAUUCUGCCUUGUCCAUGUUUCUCAUUCUCUUUUCUUUUUUUCAGAUUUUCCUCAUCCAGUUUUCUUCUCACCUUUGUUUCUAUUCUUUCUUUCUUUCUUUCUUUCUUUUUUCUUUCUUUCUUUCUUUCUAAUUCUGCCUUGUCCAUGUUUCUCAUUCUCUUUUCUUUUUUUCAGAUUUUCCUCAUCCAUUUUUUCUUCUCACCUUUUUUUCUUCUCACCUUUGUUUCUAUUCUUUCUUUCUUUUCUUUUAUUUCUUUCUUUCUAAUUCUGCCUUGUCCAUGUUUCUCAUUCUCUUUUCUUUUUUUUCAGAUUUUUUUCCUCAUCCAGUUUUCUUCUCACCUUUGUUUCUAUUCUUUCUUUCUUUUUCUUUUUUCUUUCUUUUUUUUUCUUUCUAAUUCUGCCUUGUCCAUGUUUCUCAUUCUCUUUUCUUUUUUCAGAUUUUCCUCAUCCAGUUUUCUUCUCACCUUUGUUUCUAUUCUUUCUUUCUUUCUUUCUUUCUUUUUUCUUUCUUUCUUUCUUUCUAAUUCUGCCUUGUCCAUGUUUCUCAUUCUCUUUUCUUUUUUCAGAUUUUCCUCAUCCAUCCACCUUUGUUUCUAUUCUUUCUUUCUUUCUUUCUUUUUUUCUUUCUUUCUUUCUAAUUCUGCCUUGUCCAUGUUUCUCAUUCUCUUUUUUUUUUUUUUUUCCUCAUCAGUUUUCUUCUCACCUUUGUUUCUUUCUUUCUUUCUUUUUUUUUUUUCUUUCUUUUUUUCUUUUCUAAUUCUGCCUUGUCCAUGUUUCUCAUUCUCUUUUCUUUUUUCAGAUUUUCCUCAUCCAGUUUUCUUCUCACCUUUGUUUCUAUUCUUUCUUUCUUUCUUUCUUUCUUUUUUUUCUUUUCUAAUUCUGCCUUGUCCAUGUUUCUCAUUCUCUUUUCUUUUUUUCGGAUUUUCCUCAUCCAGUUUUCUUCUCACCUUUGUUUCUAUUCUUUCUUUCUUUAUUUAUUUCUUUCUUUCUAAUUCUGCCUUGUCCAUGUUUCUCAUUCUCUUUUCUUUUUUUCGGAUUUUCCUCAUCCAUUUUCUUCUCACCUUUGUUUCUAUUCUUUCUUUCUUUCUUUUUUUUUUUUCUUUCUUUCUUUCUUUUUUUUUUCUAAUUCUGCCUUGUCCAUGUUUCUCAUUCUCUUUUUUUUUUUUCAGAUUUUCCUCAUCCAGUUUUUCUUCUCACCUUUGUUUCUUUCUUUCUUUUUUCUUUCUUUCUUUCUUUCUUUCUUUCUUUCUAAUUCUGCCUUGUCCAUGUUUCUCAUUCUCUUUUCUUUUUCAGUUUUUUCCUCAUCCAGUUUUCUUCUCACCUUUGUUUCUAUUUUUUUCUUUCUUUCUUUCUUUCUUUCUUUCUUUCUUUCUUUCUAAUUCUGCCUUGUCCAUAUUUCUCAUUCUCUUUUCUUUUUUGAAUUUUCCUCGUCAGUUUUUUCUUCUCACCUUUGUUUCUAUUCUUUUUCUUUCUUUUUUUUCUUUCUUUCUUUCUUUCUUUCUUUCUUUCUAA